CAACUCGUCAAUAGCUCCUCCCCAAAUAGGAAGUCGUGCACAAGCAUUGUUUACAAUUUGCCAGGCAAAGGUAGAAGACAACGUGAAUACGUGUAGGUUUUGAUGACAAUUCAUCACAUUAUUGUUGUUUUCUAAAAAAAAAAGUUUAAGAUUUAUUAGCAAAUGACAAUGGAGAAUGCUGGCCACUUUCAAAGUCAGCUAACCUCCCUCAUGAACGCGGUAGUGACGGCAGCGGUCGUGGAAAUAGUCCGACUGGUAGAGGACAGCGCCGUGGUCCUUCGCCAACAGUUGUCCAAAAGUAAACUGGAGAACGAAGCAUUAAAAGUCGAAAACGAGUCGAAUAAAAAGAAGCUGCAAAUUUUGGAAGGCAAGUCGAUGGCGGCAAAGCAACGUUCUGUCGCUCGUCAUGAAGCUGAUGGCAGGAAAUGUAACUCGUGUGGAUGAUGAACUUGUCCACACAAAAGACGAUGGAAAGGGAGAGAAGACAGGUGCAGGGCUGCAAUCUCAGGAUCCGGCUGGCCAAUCCCAGUGGAAAUUGUUAAAAGUUGUUACCAUGGAGAAGGAUGGAAUGAAAGUACUUCGCAUCAAGAAGGAAAUAAAUGAUGACACAGAACAUGACACACCAUCUCCAGUGACAGAUGAGCAGCUGUGUCCCAAAGAGGACAUGGUGUUUUAUAAGGAGUGGAGCCAAAGCCUGUGGCGAGACGACAGAACAGAGGAAGAAACUCCAGGAUCAUCAAUGACCCAGCAUCAGAACGGAGGGCUACUUCAGUGCAGUAAGCUGAAUCCCUCCACUCCCAUCCUCAAAGUCUUCUGUGAUCCUGAACGAGACACGUAUCCCGACUACCGAUUGAAGAGGGAAUCUCUGAAUUAUCUGUUCUCCUUGGCCCUGACUGGUCAAGACAGACAGACGGCAACAUUCAAGAUCCUCGUCUUUAUUUACUGGUUGGCCCACGGGACCUCCUAUAAAACUGUCUCGGAGACUUUCGGAAUCCCUCUGUCCAAUGCUACCAGCAUCGUCCGCGACGUUGCGGACAAACUGGUCAAGCUCUCUCUGAAGAUUGUAAACAAGCCCUCUUCAGGCGAGCUGGCUCUCACGGUGCAAGGGUUCGGCAGACUGGCCCGUCACCCGGUGUUUGAGAAGGCUGUGGGGGCCAUAGGUGGGUGCCACGUCAGGGUCAAGAUCCCCGGUGUACCGCAACCCCAACAGCGUCCAGGUGACCAGCCCCUCCCUGAGAAGGCCCUCCCCACCAUCAACUUCCAAGGGGUCUGCGACCACACGGGCAGCUUCAUCGACGUCUUUGCGGGGCUGCCUGGGUCUAUGACCGACGUGAGGAUCCUGAGGCACAGUCCCCUUUACAAAUGUGCCCUCUACCCUCCACCUGGAUGCUUCCUCCUAGGCGACGGCGGGUACCCUUGCCUACAGACGCCUGUGUGCAUCAUCACACCCUAUUCAAAGUCUGACCAGAACCCGGUGCACGUCCAGUUCAACCAGCACCACGCCAUGGCUCUCUCCUCCAUCGAGAGGACCUUCGGCAUCAUGAAGAAGCGCUGGCACAUGAUCUUCCUGCAGCCUCUUGAGCUCCACCCAAGCUUCAUCCCCAAAGUGCUGGCGGUGUGCACCGUGCUGCAUAACAUCUGCCUCAGGUCGGGAGACUUGCUGGAGCCAGUGAAGAUUGAGGAUGGAAGCAAGGUGACAGAGGCUCUGAAGGAGUGGCUAGCGUCCAAUGAGACCAGCGGAGAGGUGUUGAGGGACAGUUUGGCUCAACAGAUCUCUACAAUGAAAUGCAUGGCCACUGUGAAAGAUGAGCGAGGUACAUCUGCACCAGCAAACAUGACAGCAGUGCAAAAAGAACACGCUUACAACAUAGUGGUGAUGGAACAUUGAUUUGGUGAUCACAAUUGAUGGGUCGAAUAAGUCACCAUCAGUCACCGAUUACACCACUGGCUAGCUGUGAUACUUCAUGUGCCCUUAAGUGGUGGUGGAACUGUUACUACUGACAUUUUUGACUUUUUCACUAAAACAAUUAAGCAUAGUCAUAUGCCAGUGUUUCUUUACCAUGUCAAAAAUCAUCCACUUUAUUUCAAAUAUGAUUUCCUUUAUACUGUACACAGUAUAGUGAAACACGAUUUGGAUUAUGUUUUUGUGGGUGGGGUAAAUGAGUGGGUCAGGUAUUCAAAUAUGAUUUCCUUUAUACUGUACACAGUAUAGUGAAACACGAUUUGGAUUAUGUUUUUGUGAGUGGUGUAAAUGAGUGGGGCAGGUAUUCGAACUUGUUGCUGUCUUUUUGAUCAAUUCAGUGAUUAUUACAAGUGUGAUCUACUCAAACGAGUUAUACUGUAUACUCCAUAUGAUUGAUAGGGGGCGCUACCACCUUGCCCCCAUCUUGGCACUCCCCUAUUUAGCAUAAAAAUUAAGUGAGAAAAUAUAUGAACAUUUUCCUUAAAGUACAUUUAUUUUUAGAGUACUAAUGUUACCGUCCCCACUACAACAACAAAAAUACUUAAAUACAUGUAAUUUUGUCCUUAACAUUUAAACUACUGUAGAAUCCCUUUCAUUCCUAUGGAGGACUGCUCCUACUAGGGAGUGCCAUAUGGCUGACUGGUGGCUUCAAAGCCUCUCAAUGACCAAUACAUGGCAUCAGUAGUCCUUGGUUUAUAUACAUCGUUUCUACUUGUUACGUUUUCUUUUUCGGUUGAGUUGAAAAUAAAGCAAUAUAUCUACCUCCAAAUCCUUUGUAAUGCGAAUGGAUUAAUUAUUUUCUUGUGCCUUAGCCUUUCUGCCCUAUAAUACUAUGGUUUAUUCAAAUGUGUGUGUGUGUGAGAAGGUUUUCCUGAAUUUUCAAUGCAGUAGUUUCGGCUUAGAAAAACUGAAAGGUUAUGUUACUUCCCAAAGGUACCACCAGGAGGCACUGAAUGAAUUAGUGUUAUUACUGUAUGGAUACUCAAAGCAUCCCCUAUAAGCAGGCGGGUUUAAAUCUGUCUUCGGGGACCCGCAGCCGUUUCAUGUAUUUGAACUAUUCCAUAGCUAGCUCACCUGCUUCAUCUAGUCACCUAAGCAUCAAGCCCUUGAAUAGGGGAGUUGGGUCAAGACUACAACAAAAUUGUGAAGCAUCUGGGUGGGGUCCCCAAGGAGAGGUUUGAAAACCACUACCCUAUAGUCUUUGAUAAAAGCAUUCUUCAUUGUGCCACCUAAAGGGACAUUUUUACCUUAGAGAAAAAUACGACAUGGUAGGUUCAUGGUGCCAGGCUAAUUUCAACCACCAAUGCACUCCGUGAUAAAACAGACCAAAGCACUCUUCCAUCCUCAAGGCAUAUAUUAUUUUGGCAACUGAUUUCAAUGUUUCAUUGAUUCUCAUUUAUUAUU